AUGAAAGUCACUGCAAUCACGCGUAUAAUAGCUCUUAGCUUCCCGGCGACUGCUAGUGCCUUUCGAAUCAGUAAGGAAUCUGUGGCAGGUCAUGUUACUACAGCCUGCGCCGAGGCUCUGACGUCCGAAAUCAAAUGCGACAGCUACGUUCCCAACAUGAACACAAAUUAUUACCAAAAGUGGGUUGGAGAUAUUGAACUGGCGGACAAAAUCUGCACCAAGACUUGCUCUGAGUCGUUUCGAAUCUGGAACGAUACUGUGGCGAAGGACUGUGCUGGUGACAUGAACGGCUCAGAUUCUGAUGCCAGGAGCAUCACCAGCUUCUGGAUGCGCAGUACCAGUUACAUUUGGCAAGGGUUCAAUGAGACAUGCAUCAAAGAUACUGAGUCGGGGCGUUACUGCCAAGAAAUUCUCGACGGCUUUUCCGACAUCGCAAGAGAUCAGGAAAGGCCAAUUGAAGAGCUCUGCCAUCCCUGCUACGGCAAAGUUCUUACCGUAAUGUCAAAGUCCUUCUUGUGGUCAGUAGCCGACUUUUACAUAUGGCCGCCUACGGAAGAUGACCUUUAUUGGCAACGUCAGCUUGACCUUGUCCAGAAGAAAUGCGGCGGCUCAAAUGGCACUGCCAUUGCGUCUUCGGAAUCACCAGAAAGAACUGUGACACAGGAACCGAGUGAAGGGGCAACACCGCACGGUCCAACCGAUCCGGGAAUACCUUCUGACUGCUCUUUUUUCACAAUGAUCAAAUAUUUUGAUGGUUGCUGGAGAUUUGCCAGUGACUGGGGCCUAACGGUGAAAGAGUUUGUUCAAUAUAACCCAACCAUUAAGGAAGACUGCAGUGCUAUCAAACCUGACUACUGGUACUGCGUUGAAGUCAACAAUGGAUAUUCGCGUAAGGAAGAUUUACUCAGGACAACUGCUACCCAAGAAGGCGAACCGCAGCCCACGGAAGACCAAGACCAAGAGCGCCUUCCCACUCUGGGCAGUCUCGAGGAUAAUAAACAAGCUAUUCUGGGCAAACAAGUUAAUGCAUGA